CCUAAGGCACACGUUACCUCAGAAAAAUAAAGAGCCGCCUUUGUUUUUAAUGACACGGAGAUAAGAUGCAGACCAGGACAAAAAAGUCUUUCAGAGCCGUAAAGUACACGUUAUUUGUGUUUUGCUACAUCUUCUGGGUGUUCAGUGCUGUUCUAAUUGCUGUUGGAAUCUAUGCCAAAGUUGCCAAAGAGUCUGAUGCAGUGGACACGCUGAUGGCAGAUCCAGCUCUUCUGUUGAUCAUCGUGGGUACUCUCAUGUUCACCAUCACGUUUUUUGGCUGUUUCGGAGCUCUGCGCAACAUCUCCUUGCUGCUCAACAUGUUUGUAGGAAUUUUGUUUGUCAUUCUGCUUCUUCAAAUAACGGCCGCUGUUUUGGGCCUUCUGUUCUCUGAGAAGGUUCAAGAGAGGACAGAGCAGCUGAUGAUGAAGGCCAUUGUGCGCUAUCGUGAUGAUCAGGACCUGGAAAAUGUGAUUGAUUUUGUACAAAAAAAGUUCAAGUGCUGUGGCGUGGAUUCCUAUUUAGACUGGUCCAAAAACAUUUACUUCAACGCAUCUGACCAGAACCCCAGUCUGGAGGCCUAUGGAGUGCCCUUUUCCUGCUGCAUACGGCUCAAGAAUGAGACUGUGUUCAACUCUAUGUGUGGCUAUGAGAGCCAGAAGUUGAAGAAGAGUGUGGUGAGUCGGCUCAUCUACACCACUGGAUGUCUGGAAGAAAUCGUCUGGUGGGGAAAACAGAAUCUUCUGCUGGUGGGAGGGAUGACCCUUGUCCUACUGUGCAUCGAGAUAUGUAUGAUGUCACUGGCUUCAGUACAGCUUCGUCAAAUCCGACGAGUUAAUGAGAAGAAGAAGAAACAUAACAGGAGCGAAAACCUUUGCUGCAACAGAAAGUCUUGACUUGUUUUAUACGCUUACUUUUCACAGUGCAGGCAUUGGAAUUCAGUAAUGCAUUGCAUUUAAAAUACCAAGUUAUAACAUGUUACAAAUUAGCAAAUAAUGUGAUUAUUAUUCUAUAUUAUACUGUGAGUUAUUAAGUCAAAAGCUGUGAUUAAAUUCAAGGCUAACAUAAAAAACUAUAUUUCUUUCCUGUG